CUCCUUUGAAUUUAUCUUUUACCUUCAAUAACAAUAGACCACUACAAUGAGACUCCGUGAAGCUCUUCUCACCGGCAUCCUCUGCCUCUACUCGCCAGCAAGCAGCACGCCUGCUAAGCACUCAUGGACUAUCGGCCAGACAGUCUACACCCAGGGCGGCCCCGUCUCUGGGCACGCCGCAUCAUCCGCAAAGAACGUGUCCACCUAUCUCGGAAUUCCUUAUGCCAAACCUCCCAUUGGUGAUCUUCGUUUUGCUCCCCCCCAAGGAUAUUAUAAUCACAAGCCGAUCGACGGCUCGAAAUUCGGCCACUCAUGUCCUCAAGCCAACGUCUUCGGCGGCUCUACGCCUCCAAAUACUAAGGGCAAGAACCUCACAGCGGCAGGUCUUGCUGCCCUCGUCGACUUGAAUUUCGGCUACGCGGAUUCAAGCGAGGACUGCCUUACCCUUAACGUCUGGACGAAACCGCAGUUCGGCGAGAAGGGUAAGGCUGUCCUGAUCUGGGUCUAUGGAGGUGGUUACACAAUUGGCUCCUCGUCGGACCCAAUAUACGAUGGGCAGUAUAUCGCAGACCAAGAAGACGUCGUCCUUGUAACCUUCAACUAUCGCCUCAAUAUCUUCGGUUUCCCUGGCGCCCCUGGCUACCACAAAAACCUCGGCAUCCUCGACCAACGCCUUGCCAUCGAAUGGGUCCGCGACAAUAUUCGCGCCUUUGGCGGCGACCCAAAACGCAUCUCGCUCUUCGGCCAGUCCGCUGGCGGCGGCUCAAUCGACAUGUACUCCUUCGCCUAUGCCGAUGACCCCAUCGCCGCCGGCCUAGUUUUGGAAUCCGGAACUACAGCCAUCGGCACCUUCACGGCCGAAACGACCGCCGAGAGCUGGUACACUGUAACAUCCACGCUUGGCUGCGGUGACAAUACUACCGUUCCCGCUACACAGAUGGCAUGCAUGCGCACGAAGCCUUCCGAAAACAUAACUAACGCCAUCCCGCUCGUCAACCAGGCCUACGGCUCCGCCUUCUUCUGGCCCACCAUUGACGAAGAGAUCGCCUUCUCCGACUACCCCGCCCGCCUCGCUGCGGGGAAGUUUGCCAAGGUGCCCCUAUUAAUCGGAAACACCAAUUACGAAGCCGGCUACCACCGUGCCAUCGCCUCGGUCUUUGACCAGUACCUCAGCGACGCAGAGUGGGACGGCUUCAAUCUCGUCAGCUUCACGUGUCCCGCAGCGACGCGUUCCGCUGCCAGCGUCGCGGCGGGACUGCCAACGUUCCGGUACCGCUAUUUCGGAAACUUCCCAGAGCUCGCGCUGACGACGGUCCCGGACAGCGGGGCAUACCAUGCCAGCGAGGUGCUGCCGAUUUUCGAUACGGUGGGGGCGGGGUCGGGGGGUGCGGAGGUGUCGGGGGAUUUGGUGAGGAUGGGGAUUUAUUUGAGGGGUAUGAUGGGGAUGUUUGCCAGGGAUCCAGCGGAGGGGUUGGUGAAGUAUGGGUGGCCGAAAUAUGAUGUGAAGGGGGAGACACUGGUAAGAUUGGGGUGGGAGAAUGGCGUUGGGCCGAAUCCGGGGGUGGCGGACGUGUAUGAUGCAGACUGCCCUUAGAGAAGGGUUGCUAAGAUUGUUCGCUGUAUGUCGGACACUUCAGAAGUUUGUUUCGUGUGCGUAUUAAUACAAAAUCUACUCAAUCUAUAUAUAUAAAUCAGUCAAUACAAAACUAUAUGUGUUUGAUGAUUGGUCUAUAUUCUUGCGAAAAAUGACCAACUUAUCA